AUGGCUUCGAAUAGACAAGUAGUUAGCGUAGAUCAACCAAAUGCUGAAUCUAUUCUACUCGACUGGCUAAAUGACGAAGAUUGUACCGACGAUGAAUCUCAAUCACUUGAACCAUCUCGAGCUGUGAUACCUGAAGAACUAUUAUCUGACUCUGAAGAUGACUGUAUACCUUCUGAUGACGACUCGGACUCAGAGUAUUCAGUUGACUCAGAUGAUGAAGAUGUGUUGACCUCACGGAAGAGUUAUGUGGUCGAGCCCUCAUUACUUGUGUUGCGUUGCCUGCAAGGCUACCGUUGA